CUCCAGCCUUACUUCUUAGCGGCACUUCAGGUGGAGAAGAUGGAAACUGUGACAAAACUUCUAGAGCAGCCAUUAUUAUUGUCAGAGAGUCUUGCUCAUCCUGCAGCCACAGUGUCCUUGCUGCUUUUUGUAGCGCUCUUUCUGUACUGGUAUGGGACUAGAGGUUUUGCUGACCUCAAGAAACUAAAUGUUCCAGGACCCAAACCUAUUCCAUUCCUUGGAAACUUUCUUGAAGCGAGGAAAUACAAUGGUAUUUAUCAGAUGCACCUUGCCUUCCUUAAAAAAUACGGCAAAGUGUUCACCAUCUGUCUGGGCGGCAGGCCAUCGCUUGUCGUUGCCGAUCCGGAGCUUUUGAAACAAAUAAUGGUCAAGGAUUUUCCAAACUUCCGCAAUCGUUUCCAGUUCCAAAAGCCAGUGAACAAAACUCUUGCACAGAACGUGGCAUCCUCACGGGACGACAAAUGGAAACGGAUCCGAAACACGCUGACACCCACUUUCAGUGCCGGAAAGCUGAAGCUGAUGACACCUUUGGUGGAGAAGUUGUGUGACACACUUUUGGAGAAACUUGAAAAAAUCACUGACUCGGGUGAGUUACAUUCCGUAGAAAGUAGGUGCGAUUUCCAGCGCUUUCUCGGUCCUACCGGACAGCAAGCCUAUGUAGAGACUGUAGAAGGGUAUAGGCAUGGACAUUGAUCAAGGGCACCCAACGUCAAUUUUCGGAAAAUAUCUGUUCGGAAGACGAUUUGAGGUCUAGAAUUUUCGGACCAUUUGUUGUAAAACUUUUUGCUUGCUUGCCUCUCCCAGGAUUUUCGAACAUCUGAAAAAUGGUGCAAUUGCCUAUUUUUAACGGAGUUUUACCCUAAAAAGGUCACCUAGAAUUUUCGGGAGCCUUUAUUCUGGCUGAAAUUUUCGAAACGUUACGUUUUGAUCCCUAUAAUUUCAGACUUUCAGCUAGGAAAUCCGAACAGAUGAAAAAUUUUUAGGGAAUAAAAAUAUGCCUAUAUUCUCGUUGGGUGCCCCUGAUUGAUAUUUUAAAUGGGGCAUUGCACUCUACCGAAGGAGAACGAGAGCAACGUCGUUCUCAGGGUCGGGGGUGGAAGUUGAAUAUUUUGUGUUUAGUAUUCAAUAUUCAAACUGUCAAUAUUCAAUAUUCAGACAUCAAUAUUCAAUAUUCAAACCUCAAUAUUAAUAUUCAAAUCUCAAUAUUCAAUAUUCAGCCUUCCAUAUUUAUCUUAUUUUAAACAAUUAUGACCUCCCUCAUUACUCACUGAUUUUCUAUAAGAGCCAAGGCCGUUAUUGCAGGCUGCCAAGACACAAUGUAUUCCUGUCCAAUGAGUUUUACCUAAUGGCAGAGGUCGUUCAGAAAAAAAAUAUCAAAAUAUAAACAAGACAUGCUCCUAGUUACAUUGCAAUAGACUAUUAUCUGUUGGUAAACGUUGGUCGAGAAAGGCUUGACCAGGUUACAAACAUUGGCUCAGUCCCCGGGGGUACUCCCUUAUAUGAACUACCGUGUCUUCUAUAGCAGCUUGGGAUUCUAAAAUUCACUCAAAAACAGAGGCAAGAGUUCAACAAGACUCGAGCGCGAAUGGUCUUUUCUUGAAGAGUUAGACAAAGAGUGACAGGAGGGUUGUAAUGUGACAAGUCUGGUAUUACUGCGUGGUCAUGACAGCUGCCAGUCAGGAGCACUGUACUAAUGAAUUACAUAACCGAGCCGACUAUGUGAGCCCACGUUCCUUGGCUUACCCUAGCCGAGGAACGCGGGCUCACUGGAUGGACCGGCCAACAAAACAUCAGUCGAAAAUAAUGAAGCAUAACGAAUAAGUGAAUUUUCUAGAAAAAUAAAGAUUCAUCAUUCAAGUACAUUUAUUCAUAUUCAAACUAAAUUUUCAAAUAUUCAAACUAAUCUAAACUCAAUAUUCAAUAUUCAAUAUUCUGCUUCCAUCCCUGAUUCUCAGGGAGUAAAGGACCCUGAACCAUUGACUGAAUGAAGUAAAGUUUCAAGUGAUGUUAUGAAGCAUAAUACUCAGUUAUUUUGUGUUUUUGUACAAUUUACUUUUUGGUCGCAUGUUUCCCCGCCCCUACGUGGCAACUCAAAGUCUAGCCAAAUUAAUAGUCUUUCGUAUGUCAAGCAACAACGUAAUGUGAUGAUAUGACUAAUGAAUGUCGAUUUUUUUAAGGGUAUGGGGGCACUCCCUUUGAUGCCAUUUUCUUUAUAACUGUAUUUACAGAGACAGUAAAAUGUCUGUAAAUCGUGGAGAUUUACGGACACUUAGUAACAGUGAAAAUGUUUCCUACUUUUACAUUUAAAAUACAAAAUGACUGUAGAAUCAUUUUGCGGACAGUUCAUACAGGUUUUUGAUAUCUUUAACUUUAACUUUAUCUCCAUAUUAGACUGCAAAACAGUCCGUAUUUUUGCGUAUUCAAGUACGCUUGAGCAGCCAAACAAAAGGUCUGCAACGAGGCUGAAAACAGUGAGCGAGACCUGGGGAGAGACGCGCUUCGCGCGCGUAAGACUCUUACGGCACGCUUUACCGAUUUCUUUACUGAUUUUGAGAAAAAAACCGACUGUUUUGCAGUCUAUCUCCAUAUUUCAGUUUACUAUUAGUUUUUUUUUUCCUUUGUAAGCAAGACCAACCGUGUAAAUGGUAAUGCAAAUAAAAAAUUAAUAUUGUUGUUGCUGUUUUUCACAGAUCAAAGUGUUGACAUGUUGGACUGGUUCAGUAAAAUGACACUAGAAGUCAUUUUGGCGACUGCUUUUGGAGUAGAUGCAAAAAUACAAACGGGAGAAAACAGCGAAAUGUUACGAGAGGCUAAGAAACUGUUUCACGUGCCUUUCUUUCUCCGACAAAUUGCCCGUCUUCCAUUUGGAGACGCAAUUCUUCGUUUGUUACUUGUUCUUAAUGGAAGUGAUGUAAACUAUUUCGAGCGUAUCGGGAGAGAAAUGUUGAACAGUCGUCGUCAUCAGGGACAGACAAAUCGAAAAGACCUGCUACAACUCAUGAUGACUGCCACUGAUGAAACCACUGAUGAAGGGGUCAGCAGACUCUCUGAUGACGAGGUUGUAGCCCAGUCCUUCAUCUUCUUAUUGGCCGGUUAUGAAACGUCAAGCAACACUCUGUCAUUUACUGUGUACCACUUGGCUUGUAACCCAGACGUUCAAGACAAACUGAGAUUAGAGAUUGCCGAUGCCCUAGACACCAAUGGAGGGGAGAAAGCUCUCUAUGAAAUAGCCCAAAGCAUUGAAUUUCUUGAUUGUGUCAUAAAGGAGUCACAGCGAUUGUGUCCGCCUCUUCCACACCUAAAUCGUGAAUGCCAGAAAGAUUUUGAUCUUAACGGAAUCCAUAUUCCAGCUGGAACCGAGAUUGUUAUUCCAGUCUAUGCCUUGCAUCAUGAUCCUGAAGCCUGGGAAGACCCAGAGAAGUUUGAUCCCGAGCGAUUCCGAGGUGCAAGGAAAGACGCCCACCAUCCCUUUCAGUUUCUGCCUUUCGGCGCCGGGCCUCGAAAUUGUAUCGGUAUGCGUUUCGCCCUGCUGGAGAUCAAGAUUGCCCUGGUGAAAAUUCUGAUGAAGUACAAGUUUGUGCGAUCACCCGAGACGCAAGUUCCUCUAGUCUUACAUGAUGGCGCAACGAUGACUGCCAAAGAUGGCGUGGUGGUUAGAGUAGAGUCCGUGCAAUAA